AUGUUUAUACUUUAUAUACAGGUCUUUCUUUGCAUCUGCCCUGUGCAUUCGGUGUGGGCUUGUGUCCGUUCCUGUCCUGCCAGUUGUAUCUGCACUGAAGAGAAGAGUUGUGCCAUUCUUUGUGACCGAGCUGGCCUUGCACAGAUCCCUAAUGAGUUUCCUUGUGAAGCAUAUUCUAUUAACUUGGAUAAAAAUAGCAUCAAAUUCCUUGCUGAGAGAGCAUUUGGUACUCUCCCGUCCCUAAAAUCUCUCUCUAUAAGCCAUAACAACAUAUCAUUUAUUACUCCUGGUGCUUUCAAAGGGCUUGCUAGCUUAACUGAGUUAAAAAUGGCCCACAAUGAAUACAUUCGUUAUCUCCAUACCAGGACUUUCAUUUCUCUCCAGAGGCUAAUCCGAUUGGAUUUAGCAGACUGCAAUCUUUUCAACAUUCCAGACAGGAUUUUUAUAGAGCUUCCAGCUCUCCGAGAACUCUUUUUUUUUCAGAAUAAUUUCCGAAGGAUCCCAGGAGCUAUAAGAGGGAUGGAGAAUUUGACUCAUGUUUAUUUGGAGAAAAACAAGAUAGAAGCUGUAGCAUAUAAUUCACUUCUGGGCCUGAUCCAGAUGAAAUAUCUCAAUCUGCAAGUCAACAGAAUAAAUGUCAUUCACAAUAGAGCUUUUCAGGAUUGCCAGAAAUUGGAGUACCUUUAUUUAAAUGACAAUUUAAUCAGUGACCUCCCUAAGAAUUCCUUUGAUGGUCUGCGGCAUCUAAAGAUGCUUAAUCUUGGUGGCAACUUUCUCAAGAUUGUCUCUAAUACUUGGUUCCAGGAUCAAUCUGAACUGGAAGUUUUGUAUUUGGACAGAAACUGGAUCAGUUAUAUUGAGGAAGGUGCUUUUGAAAACCUCACGAGCUUGGUAUAUUUGCACUUGAACAGUAACAAUCUAACUACGUUGCCUUUCUUAGUCUUUCAACCAGUCUACCUCCUAGGAAGACUCUACCUUUUCCGGAACCCCUGGGAGUGCGAUUGCAAGAUUCAGUGGCUAAAAGAGUGGAUGAAGAAUUAUGGACUUGUGAGAGAUAUUCCUUGUGCUUCCCCAUCUUCAGUAGUUGGCCUUGACCUAAUUGAUGUUAUUUUUGAGAAGACAGAUGAAGGUUUAUGUCUUAACCCAGAAGAAUUAAACAUCUCUUCUUCUACGCCUCUUCCCAUGCAAGAAUUACAGUCGACUACAGAGAAUAAAUUCCACAGUCUUAUCUCAAAAUUUCUACUCCAGAAGGGACUUUCAGAGGAAGUGAUUAACACUACAGAAGGUUUCAGCAACACUACUCUGUUAGAUGAAUUGAUUAAUGAAGCAUCUUUAGGACUAAGAGAAUGGCAUAUAAAACAAAUAUAUUUUAAUAUUUGGGUAUUUUUUAUAGCUCAAGCAUUAUGGACCAUAUAA